AUGCAUGAAUUUUACUUGGAGAUCCGAGAUCGUAAAAGAACAGAGAAUCAAGUGGCUGAUCACUUGUCUAUGUUAGAAACUCGGAAUCAUGUAACUGAGGGAGAUGUCAUCAAGGAAACCUUCCCGGAUGAGCAAUUGUUGGGCGUUACUGCAGGGGAAGUACCAUGGUACGCAAAUUUUGUAAACUAUCUGGCAAGUGGAGAAAUGUUGCCUGAUCUUGAACCUCAUGCUAAAAAGAAGUUCUUGCGAGAUGUGAGAUCAUAUGUGUGGGAUGAGUCAUUUCGGUUCAAAUCUUGUAUUGAUCAGUUGAUGAGAAGAUGUGUACCCAAUCUGAAACAAAUGCUAUCUUACAUGACUGUCAUGCGUCGCCUUAUGGUGGUCAUCAUUCGAGUGACAAAACGGCAGCAAAGAUGUGGCAAUCGGUGGAUGGAGGCCACUGCUCUUCCUACCAAUGAUGCCAAGGUUGUGGUCAACUUUGUGAAAAAGCAUAUCUUUACAAGGUUCGGCACCCCGAGAGUGAUGAUAAGUGAUGGAGGCACUCAUUUCUGUAACAAGCUAUUGGACAAUGUCUUAGCGAAAUACGGGGUCAAACAUAGGGUUGCAACCGCUUACCAUCCUCAUACCAGUGGACAAGUUGAAGUGUCAAACAGAGAGAUAAAGUAG